AUGACACAAGCAGAUGAUGCUGAACCAUUGUUUUCACUUGAAAUGCCUGGUCAUCGAUCUGAUUUUCAAGGCAAGAUAAAAGAUGAUAAUGAAAAUGAUGAAGAAAACCGCUUUAUAGACGAGUCUGGUACAUUGUCUGAUACACAAGCAUGUGAUAAUUUGGAAACAGUACAAAUCACAGAAAAAACAGUGAAUCCGAAAGGUGACCGAGUAUUACCACAUGACUUCCAAUUGCUGAAAGUUUUGGGAAAAGGUGGUUAUGGCAAAGUUUUUCAAGUUCGUAAAAUGUCCGGCGACAACGAAGGAUGUAUAUUUGCCAUGAAAGUUUUGAAAAAAGCAUCGAUUGUGAGAAAUGCUAAAGAUACAGCACAUACAAAAGCAGAAAGAAAUAUUCUUGAAUGUGUUAAAUGUCCUUUUAUUGUUGAUUUAAUUUAUGCAUUUCAAACGGGCGGUAAAUUAUACCUGAUAUUGGAAUAUUUGAGUGGUGGAGAAUUAUUUAUGCAAUUAGAAAGAGAGGGUAUUUUUAUGGAAGAUAUGGCUUGGGCGCCAGAAAUUUUGACAAGAAGUGGUCACGGAAAAGCGGUGGACUGGUGGAGUUUCGGAGCAUUAAUGUACGAUAUGUUAACUGGAGCGCCACCAUUUACGGCUGAUGAUCGAAAGCGAACUAUGGAAAAAAUUAUGAAAGCUAAACUUAUUCUUCCAGCGUAUUUAACGUAUGAUGCACGUGAUUUAAUUCGAAAUUUAUUAAAAAGACAAGUUAGCCAUCGGCUAGGAAAUGGGCCAGAAGAUGCGGAAGCAUUGAAAAGUCAUCAAUUUUUUCGUCAUUUGAAUUGGAAUGAUGUGUAUAAUAAACGUUCUGAACCACCACAUAAGCCUGUUUUGAAAGGAGACGAUGAUGUGAGUCAGUUUGACACCAAAUUUACAAAACAAACACCAGUUGAUUCACCCGAUGAUAAUAUGUUGAGUGAAAGUGCAAAUCAAGUCUUUCUUGGCUUUACCUAUAUUGCACCAUCGAUUCUCGAAGAUUUAAGUAGAUCACAAUUUUUUACAAAUGGUCACGGUCAUCGUUCACCCAGAAAGAUAUCGCAAGAACAAUUGAACAAUGCUUAUAGUUUCAAGUCUAAUGGCGAUCACCAAUUCUUACACUCAUCCUUCGUACUAAAACCAUCAUCAUCUAUUGAAGCAAUGGAUACUAGUGAAAUGGCUACACAAAUAUCACGAGAAGUAUUAAAUAAUUAUUCAGCUCCUCCACCAUCAUCAAGUAAAACAAUACCACAAUCUACAGUGAAAUCACAACAGCCACAACUAACAUCCAAUAUGUUACACUCUACUCAAAUUCAGGACAAACCUUCCGAUGCCAUACUAACAUCAAAACAACAAACAGUACAUAUGAAUGAUAAAUCACUAAAUUCAGUGGAUAUUGGUCGUCCUAAUUGA